ACAGUUGACUUGGCAAGUGUGUCUGGAGGGUGUAAAAUCAAAAUCAUAUCAAAGCUCAGGUAUUUUGAGGUGGACAUGCUGUUUUUUACUCAUCACUGCCAUUUACAUCAUUAUUUCGUAUUAAUGUCCAAUGGAUUAUUAUUUUAUAAUGUGAAGUGAUUACCAUGGGAGAAAAGGAAAUGUAGAGAUUAUAUAAAAACCUGAACAACUCAGCUAGAGUAAGAGACAAAGUGAUUACUACCUGAUGGAGUCAAAAUGUUCUCUACUGAUUAGUCAAAAUUAAAUCCACUGAUGACUAUCUAUAUUUAAAUUGAUUGGUUGAAGAACCUGACGUAGGUGAUCUGGAGUUCAUGGAAGUACAGCAGAGAGUGCAGUUGUUCUGAGAUACCAUAUUUUGGUUGAUUGAAAGGAAUUUCUUAGAUUACGAAUGGGUGAAUUACAAAGAUGUUGGUACAGAUGUUGCCAUUAUGGUAUGGUAACAAACUUCAUUAUUCUUCAUGGCAACAAAAUCAUGGAUAUAAGACAGAUAACAACUUGUGAUCUUUCAAUGCAGUGGUUAUGUGAUGCAGAUUAAGCAUAGUUUGAACCUUUCUGAAAUAAAUAAUGAGCACCUUAUCAGAGCUAUGGUAGGUGAAGCACCAGGAUUAAAAGUAACAAGUCUGCUUAGCAGUCUCAAAUCUUUGGAUACAGAGAUAGUUUUGCAAGAUGUGGGAGACAUCAAAGUUUUGCUCUUGAAGUUGCGGGACUUGUUGUCAAAGGCUCUCCCAGAUGACUUGUUAGAAGAUGAUGUUCAGUCCAUCCCAAGCUCUGAACAAUCAUCCUCACUAUCAAGCUGUUCACCGGAGUUAUCUCCAAGGCAACACAGUCCUUCUGCAGAUGAUCAGCAUCAGUGGCUGUAUAAACCUGAUGCUUACCAUCAAGUCUCUACUCCCCAUAUCUGGGGAGGUGCUCCCCCACUCAAGACACCAGCAGGGGUUGCAGGUCGACAUGGAGUCCACCAGGUUGGUCCAUUGAGCAACGGACAUGGGGAUCCUUCCAAAGGCAGUGAAGACCACACUCCAGAUAACAGUCAAGAUUGGCACUUUGAACACCAUCACAACCGAUUACAGAUCCCUGAACAGCACAACAAGUUCCAUCAAGGACUAAGUCCAACCACUGCUGCUUGGGACGCUGCCAGGAGACAGACAGCAUACAGUGACAAACACCAUAGUGACCUUGACUUGAGUGAACAUGAGGAGAGCCAGCAUUAUGGGGAGGAGGAUGAACAGGAGAAGCAUGUCAACGGGAUCUAUCCGUUGGAGAAUGCAGGCAACAUGCAGCAUGGGCUGCACAUGCCAGCAGAUCAUGACUUUAUCCCAAAUGGCCAUGGAGAAGACAGAGAAGAUUCAGACUAUUAUCUCCAGGAUCAUCAUGACCCUAAUGGUGAAGAGGAAGAGCCUUUCAUGGGGGAACGGAGACAUAGUCAGCAGUACGAACCACCCAAGUUGGCUAAGACCAAGCCGACAGCAAUCAGCAAAGCUGCAGGGUGGAAGGACCUUGAUCACUUCCCACCACGUCAAGAGGAUGGGCAGGUCAUGCGGCAUGCAUCCAGUGAGCCAAACGUUGGAAUGGUGCACUAUCAAAGAAAGAGAGAGAAUAAUAGUGAGGAGGCAAGGAAUGAUACGAGGAGGAUAAUGUCAGAACAGAUGAUGAACGGUGAUGUUGACUUUCAGCAUCAUCUGGAUCCUUAUCAGACAGAGUACAAUCAUGCAGGAAGCAGAGGUCAGAAUAUAGCUCAACUAGAGAUACUCUACCAGGCUCGGGGGCGUGAGAUAAACAACCUGACAACUCAGCUAGAGGCAUUGCGUGAGGAAAGCACCAGGGAAAAGCGCAUCCUUAAUCAUCAGCUUGCAAUGGCACAAGAUGAGAGAGAUGGUUUAGGUACAACCUAUGGUGAAAGUCAGAAGCUGAUGAAUCAAAUGAAUAAUGAGAACCAUACACUGAGAGGCCAGCUACAGUCAGCCCAGCAACAGGUCCAGGCUCUCACAGAAGCUAACCAACAGAUUCAUUCAGAAUUGGACACUGCUAAAGCUACCAUAGAAAGCCUGAAUCGCCAAUUGGUUGAAGUCCAUCGUUCACAGCCACUGCAUAGAGCAAGAGAACAGCAGGAUUCUCUUUUAGUGGGACUUAAACAGAAGUUUUCACAAGAAACGUCAGAACUACGGGAGAAAGUUGAUGCAGCAAAUAGGAUGGCUUCUGAAAAGAGUACACUUGUUGAACAGUUAGAAGCAAAACUGCAAGCAUCUCUUAAAGGGGUUGAUCAAGCAAGAAUGGAACAUGCAGAAACAGUUAAUAGACUAACAGCUUCUCUGCAAGACAGCCAGAAGAGAUGCCAAGAGCUUAUAUUACAAGGUUCUUUGCCAGCAGUUCAAGAGCUUCAGGUCAAACUUAAUGAUGCUUACAAAUCCAAAGCAAUGGCAGAAAAUAUGUGCCAAAUAUUGCAGGAGGAGCUAGCUGAUCUGAAAGACCAGAUAAUGCUUUAUGAAGGUGCUGUUGACCUUGGGGUUGUAUCAGGGUCAGGGGUUAAGCAGCAUUCUCCACCCACCACAACCGAUGCAGACAUAGUGAGAAACCUUGCCAAGGAAGACUGGAAAACUCCACUCCCCUCAGGACCUCAGAAAAAAUCCAAGGAGUCCAUGUCUCCUGAAGAGACCCUUGGGAAGCUGAAGGCAGAGCUUGGUCGGUCUCUACAGAGCAUCCGAUCAAAGAGAGAGCAGGUCACCAAACUCCAGGUGGAGCUCAGGGAGGCAAAGUUAGAGGGACUUAAGUGGAAGGAGAGAGUGGAAGGAGCUGAAGCAAAAGUUGGGCAGCUUGAGGCUCAGCGUGAAUUACUCAAGAACACCUCAUCACAGAACUCAGCCCAAGAAAUAGAUGCUCAUAAUGAACAAUUAGAAGGGUUGAAAUUAGAAGUGGAAUCUAAGACAGUAGCAUACCAGGAACAGGUAGAUAAAGUGGCAUCACUAAAGGCUGAGAUGGCUGAGAUGGUGGCUGAUAGUGAUCAAGAUAAGAAAGAAGCAGUGGAUAGGUGCCAAGCAACAUGUUUGCAGCUCCAUGAGGAUGCAUCACGUAAUAUGAGAGAACAGCUGGUUACUAAGCUUCAGACUGAGAAAGAAACUCUUAUUGAAGCUCAUCAGUAUCGGCUUCAAGAACUCAAGAAUGAGAUGACUGAACUAGAGAAUGAACUUCACAAAACUAAGGCCCUUUAUGUAGAGCUGUGUGAUGAGAAAAAAUCACUUGAAGACAAUAUGGAGAAACAGAUCAGUUCUUUACAAGAAAACUCUCUGCAACAGAUGAAAGAAGAGAUGGAGAAAGAAAAGCAGAGUGCCCUGGAUGAACUAAAGUCUUCUAUGGAGGCAAGUCAUAGAGCUGAGAUUGUCCUGUUCUCAGAGAAAAUGAAGAAAGAACAUGAAGAAUCAUUGGAGAAGAUCAGAUUAGAUCAGAAACAACUUCAAGAAAAGUAUGAAAAAGAAAUGAACUAUGUGAAGAAUGCGCAUGAGGAGCAGAAGAAGAAACUAGAGAAACAAAUUUAUGAGGCUGAGAAAGAAGCAAAGCUUGAUAAAGAGAAAGAAAAUGCUAAAAAAGAUGAAGCUGAUCACAUCAGUAGACUAGGUUAUGAGUUGAAAGACAUACGGCAGAGGUAUGAGGAACUGUUAGAAUCAUUUACCAGUCAAGUUAACACCCAAGUAGAGAAGGCCAAGGAACAGUGGAUGAGACAAGAAAACCAACGUAGGAUGUCGCUGGAUCGGGUUGCUGCAUCUACCAUAGAACAGAUGAAGGCUGAUCAUGCUCUUCAAUUAGCUGAAUGGCAAGGGAGAUUCACUGAUGAAGACCUACAGGUCAAAGAAAGGAUUGCAGCAGCUGUGAAAGAAGCUAAGGAAAGCUGGAAGAAAGAAGAAGAGAAAAGAAGGAGGGAAUCUUUAGAAAAGAAGAGCCAUGAAGACAAGGAGCAGGAAACAAGAUCCCAGAAGGAGCACCUGGAGCUGAAGCAGCAGCUCCAGAGGAUCCAGGAGGCCCUAGGUGUCUCCCAGAGAGACAGUAAGCAGGUUAGAGCCAAGUAUGCCCAGCUUAAAGGGAGACACCAGCAGGAGGUGAUGGAUCUAAAGCAGGAGCUAAAGUCCUGUCAAGUCAAACUAGAGCAGGCUGAGAAGACUCUACAACAUGAGCUAGAGCAACUACAAAUUGAGAUGAGGGAGGCCAACUCCGUUACCAUGGAAUCAAUGCAGGAGCGUGUGUCAGCUAUCCAACAGAAACAUUCAUUACUGGUAGAAAAGCUAAAAGCAGAGUGGGAGGAAGAAAGACAGAAAUUGAAGAGAGAAAGUAAGCAGAAUCAGAAAGAUGUUGAUAGCAUUGCUACUCAGACAAUAUCAAAUAAUGAGUCAUCUAUCAUUGAAGAGCUUAGGAUGCAUUACAUGAAGUCAGUAGAGAAUGUCAGAGCUUCGGCAAUGAGCUAUGUCACUGAUAUGCAGAAGCGAUGUCAAGAAACCCUGAGGACUGCUGUCUUUGAAGAGAGACAAAGAGUGGCAGCAAAGAUGCGCAAGUUCUACACUAGACAGGUUCAGUCCAUGAGGGAUGCUCCCAAAGAAAAUAAAAGAAUGGAAACAUCUAGUGCUUCAUCUGAUCAGCCACCAGUAGAUCUAACUAGGUCCUUACCACUGCCCAGCAACAGGGUGUCAUCCUUGUCCACCCAACAGACUUCAGCAAGUGAACUUGGACCACAUUCUAGAGCCAAUAACAUCCCAUCUAAUCGAGUAAGUAGAAGGGUUCAUCCGGAUGAGACCCCGAGAUCCUCAGUACAUCACUCGAGUGGAAUCAACGCUGAAAAUAGAAAGGUACAACUACAGAACUCUCAAGUGCCUCUGGAUGACAAUCAAGGUAUAAGGUUGCAGGAACUGAGAGGUUCAGCAUGGGGAGAUCAGGCUGGCCAAGAGACUCUGGAAAGCAGCAAUGUCCAUCCUUGUCAAGUUGCAAUGGAAAGGAGUAACGAAAGGGAUGCCCAUGGUUUUCAUCACUUCACAGAAGAUGAUAUUGGACCAAAUUCUAUAGCCCUUUUGAAAAAUGGAGAUAUGAUCUUUAGAACAGAAUCAACUCAUGUUUCAGGAAGACACUCGAAAAGCCCACCAAUGCAAAGACAGCAGCAGCACCACAGUAACAUUACUGCUAGGAGACGUAGUGAUGGUAACAAAGAUUGCAGUCUGAGACAGGAAAAGCAGCUGAAGGUACCUGUAAGGAAACCCGAGAUCCCAUCCACAGUAUCAACUCCAGUUGUUCCAUCUAGCAAAAACACUUCUCAAGAUACAACAGAGUUACAUUAUGCUUCUCAACAAGACACACACUGUUCUACAAAGUCCUGGGUCAAUACCCACAGUGAAGUACCUCCACAGGGAUUAAAGGUACCAACUGAUGCAAAUUUCUCCUUUGAAUCAGAUUAUGCAGAUCUACCUCAGUCGCUCCAUGGCAGCAGAGUGCCACCUUCUUUGCCACACCAUCCAUUCCUUGAGGAAAACUUUUCCAGAAAUGUGCCUUCACCGAGAAGAUUAGUUGAGCUACAACAUGGGUUGUCACAGACCCAUCCCGUCAGAGACUCGAACAAACAGAAUGUGUAUCAUAUCCAAGAGUCUGCAAGGGGACAACUCAGCCAGGAAGCCACAAUAAAGAUGUCUAAAGUUGUUGUAAAGGACAUAAAAACAGUGAACGAAGACAGCGGUAUCAAUAGCCCUGCCUAUGUGCAGCCUUAGGCCAAAUCACUUGAUAGCACAGAUACCUCUACAAAAUUGUCAUGUGUGCCAAAAGUAGUAGAUUGUGCCUGUUCUUACAUUGAAAUUCAGAUGCAGUGGAAAUUUAGUAAAAUUAUUUCGUUAGGAUUUUCAGUUAUUUACAUUAUCAAAAACAUUGUUUUAACAGGUUUUUGGAAACUAGUAGAGUAGUAAGUACUCCAACCAUAUAAAUGACAGGAAUCAGAAAUGCAAGUACGUGACCCCAAAAUUAAUUAAGGUCAGAAAUUUACUUUAUUUUAUCUUCUGUUUUGAAAUUGUUCGUUAUAUAAGGAAGCAUUUCAUGAAAGGACUUUUAUGUUUUAUCUGACAUUUACCAUAGUAACAGUGCUUCUCUGCCAAUCAAAAUCAAGGAAAUUUGUCAGAUCCGACAACUUGUUGGACAAUGUUGAUGAAAUACUCCCCUAAUUUAUCAAAAUGAUUUUCUUUCUUUUUUUGGAUAAAGUAUGAAUAAAGGUACCUGUAAUCAGUUUGUUAAAGCUCAUGGCUGUAUUAAAUGAAGAGAUUAUUAAGUAGAUACAAUUUAUAUUUACUAUUGAUAGCAAGUUGAUGUAAUAUGUACAUAGACUUAAAAUUACACAUCAUUUUAAAAUUUGUCGGCGGUCAUCAGAACCGUCGUGUCACACAUAAGACAGUGCAAACCCAUUGCAGAGAAAAUUGACUUCAAAGUUUACUCUAAUUUUCACACUUAGUUCGCAGCCUUGCAACAUAUUCAUUGCUAGAAAAAUACAUGGUUGGAAAGACCAAGACUAAUGCUUGACAUUGGUAUCUUCAUUUUUACACUAAACCAAGGAUCAGAUAGAAUAUCGCAAAUGAGCUACAUGCUUGUAAUUUCGGUUUGAGCGGUUUAGAUUUCCCCUACAAUACAAAAACGCCAUAGGGGAUGCAACAACCCUGACUGCGAUUUCAAUGCGCGCGGUCAAUCAAAACUUUGUAUCGCUUUUUUUCACUUGCAAAGUCAAUGCAGUACGACGGUUUGGCCGACUGCUCAUUUGCAUAUUAAGUGUGCGCAGCUGUUAUUUCCUUUGCUACAGUACAUGUUUCUAAUGGGAUUUGCACAUUUUAUCAACAAUUGUAUGGCAUCUCCAUGGAAAUCCCCUCAUAUCUCAGAAACUAUUAAAAGAUAAUUGCUGCCUAGAAAUUUAGUUAUGAACAGAAUAGGACUGCUUUCAUUUCCUGGGAAAAUCUCAAAUUCGAUUUUUCAACCAAAAUUGACUGAUUCGACGGUUCGGAUGAACACCGACGAAUUGAUUAUAUGAUAUUUCCUAUUUCUAGGUACAGAUUAGUAAAAUAUAAACUUUGUAUGAAUAAGUGCGUGAGUUUCCUUCACCUAUUGCUCAGAGUAAAUAGGAAAAUUUCCCUUCCACUAUGUUUUAUUGCAUUUGAAAUAAAGAAGUAUGCAUCCUGUGUUAUAAAGUGCCUUGAAUUGUGCCGUGAAAGAAAACAGAUCUCUAUUGUAGGAAGAAGUGGUAAGUGGUUUAGUAUUUAUAUUUCAUAAAAAGAAUAUGCUUCAGAUGUAUUGCUUGUAAGAUUUAAUGCCUUUACCAUGUCAAAUUUAUUUAGUAUACUCCUUAAAAAUUCCUUUUGAGAUUUUACUGUGAAAUCAAUGUGUGGUGCAAGAUGCAUGAAGAAAUUUUUGUAUUUGUAUAUAUUGUAUAUUUGUAAAGUUUAUUUAUAAAUGUAAAAUAAAAUAAAUUUGUUUAUAAUGGA